UGCUUAGAUGACAUGCAAAGAUCCAUAUCUCAUUGCUUUCGCAAGAGCAAUACAAGAAAAAUCCAACUCAAACUUUCCCAGUCAUUAAUAGCUUCCACCAAACAUCAGACCAGCUGAUCAACUAAUCCAGAUUCCUCCUACUAUAAACUCUCCGCUUUCUCAUAACUCAAACAUUAACAUUCCUUAAUUUGCAAGUUGCUAUAAACAAAAACACAUAGUACUGCAACUUGCAACCAUGCAUAAUCCAAUACUAAUGUUUCUUCUGCUUGCUCAAAUGUUUUUUAUGCUAGUUCCCUCGAGUGCUGGCGGUAAGGUUCCGGCUAUUAUUGUGUUCGGAGACUCUUCGGUUGAUGCUGGUAACAAUAACCAGAUUUCAACUAUUCUGAAGAGCAAUUUUGAGCCUUAUGGCCGUGAUUUUGCGGGAGGUCGACCAACAGGAAGGUUCUGCAACGGAAGAAUUCCGCCAGAUUUUAUAUCAGAGGCGUUCGGGCUCAAGCCCUUCGUGCCGGCCUACUUGGAUCCCGCGUAUAGUAUGGCUGAUUUCGUUGAUGGCGUUAAUUUUGCUUCCGCUGGUACUGGCUAUGACACUGCUACGUCCGAUGUUCUAUCCGUGAUACCUUUUUUUAAAGAACUGGAGUACUACAAACAAUAUCAGAGCAAACUCAGGGCUUUUGUUGGUGAUGCAAAAGCCACAUAUAUCACAAGCGAAGCUCUGUAUUUAAUAAGCUUGGGAACAAAUGACUUUCUCGAAAAUUACUAUAUCCUCCCUACCAGAAGAAAUCAAUUCAGUGUUGACAUGUACGAAGAUUAUCUGAGUGGACUUGCCGGGAAAUUUGUGAGGGAUCUGUAUGCACUUGGAGCGAGAAAGAUAUCAUUAGGCGGUCUUCCUCCAAUGGGGUGUUUGCCGUUGGAGAGAACUACAAAUUUUUUACAAGGGAAUGGGGGGACGUGUAAUGAGGAAUAUAACAGAGUGGCGUUGAACUUUAAUGGCAAAUUGGGUGCUCUGGUGAAUAAUCUGAAUCAGGAGCUUCCUGGUAUCAGAGUGGUCUUUUCGAAUCCAUAUUUCACUUUGCAGAAAAUUGUCCAGAAUCCUUCUUCAUAUGGGUUUGAGGUAGCAGGAGUUGCAUGUUGUUCGUCGGGAUUGUUUGAGAUGGGGUAUUUGUGUAACCGACUGAAUCCAUUGACAUGCGGCGACGCAGAUAAAUAUGUCUUCUGGGAUUCCUUUCAUCCUUCUCAGAAAACCAAUCAGAUCGUCUCUAAUUAUGUUGUGCGAAAUGUUCUGAAUCAAUUUUUGUGAUUUGGAUGAUAUAUAUGAUCAUAAUCCAUAAAAACAAGAAAUACGAUCGUAUAUAUUACGAUUCAUCAUAGUAGUAGAACGAGUUGUAUUUAUGUAUAUGCAUGGUGAAUUGGUGAUUCUUGAUUUCCUGUCAA